AUGUCGUCAGCUUAUUCAUUUACUGGUGGUAGUUUACGUUUAAAAAGCGAUUCAUCAAGUGCAGUUCAAGGUGGAAAAGUAGCAAAAAAAAAUAAACAUAAAUCGAAAUCGAAAUCAAAAUCAUCGACUAUUGUUGAAGCACCAUCAUCAAAAAUGGAACAUGUUGCAUCAACAAUAAAAACAAGUUCAAUUGAUCAACAUGGUCCACCACGUCGUGAUCUUCGUACACCAGCUGAAAUUGCUUAUGAUCAAGCCAUGGCUAAACGUGCUGAAGAAAAAGUUCUACAAAAAGCAGCUAAAUCACAUAAGGAACAAGUUGAAGAACUUAAUUCUUAUUUAGAUAAACUUACAGAAUAUAAUGAUAUUCCGAAAAUUGGUAAAAUGUCACGAUCUAUGGAUGAUGAUUUUACUUAUUUUGUUAAAAUUAUUGAUGAUAAUGAUGAACGAUAUUAUCUUAAAAGUUCAAUUGAUGAAAGAACAAAUACAAUUAUGAUGCAAUUAACAAAUUUAAAAGUUGGAUGGAUUGGAACAUUAACUCAACAACAAGUGAAAAUGUUAGCAAAAAGAUUUCCACCGGAACAAUUCGAUACAUUUUAUUCACAUACACAACGUGCUUUUUCCAAAGGAAAUCAUUCUGAAGCUGAUGGAAAAACUUAUGUCUUUCAUUGUAAAAAAAGUGAAAAAAAUCGACUUGAGUUUGUAUGGAAACAAAUGGUUGAUGAUCUUAAUUCAUUGAAAAUCAUAGGAAGUGCCGAACUUCAAGAACGACCUAUUGAAGAAAUAUUAGCUAAAAUGAUGGAUCAUGCUAUCGAUGAAAUGGAAACAUUACGAUCGAUAAGUGAAGAAAAAAUUUAUGAAAUUCAACGUAUUAAUGGUCAAUUAAAUAAAGCUCUUGAAGUAAAUUAA